GAUCGCCGGUGCGCUGUGUCCCUCGGACACAGCGGAUCACGGAAAGAGCCGAAGAUGUCGGCUCGGUCAUGUGAUCAGCUGUGUCCAAUCACAGCUGAUCACAUGGCACUGAUGAUCCGUGUGCCCUGAUGAUCAGUGUGGCCCCAGAAGUGCCACCUGUCAGUGCCACGUGCCAGUGCCCAUCAGUGCCACAUAUCAGUGCAUACCAGUGCACAUCAAUGCCACAUAUCAGUGCCCAUCUGAGCUGCCUUUCAAUGUCACCUAUCAGUGCCAUAUCAGUGUCAUGUAUCAGUGAUGCCUGUCAAUGCCCAUCAGUGCAACCUACCAGUGCCUCCUCAUCAGUGCCACUUAUCAGUGCCCAUCAC